UUGAAAAAUUCUCUCGAUUCAUUGAUUCCUCACCGAUGUUCUCCACGUGGAAAAUUUGUUGUGCAAGAAUACCACAACGAUGGGUACUCACGAUAAUGGGAUGUUUUGGAAUGAUGAACGUUUACACAAUGAGAAUUUGCUUGUCUCUGGCAAUCACUGAGAUGGUGGCCACCACGGAACCCUCGAACAAUGCCAAUUCACACGAAUCUUGUCCUUCGGCUAAUUUCACUUCGUCAAAUAUCACAAACAGCGGAAGUGAAGGCGGAACUUACCAAUGGGACGAAUACACGCAGGGUAUAAUCCUGUCGAGUUUCUACUGGGGAUACCUGAUCACAAGCGUCCCAGGCGGAAUGCUGGCCGACAAAUUUGGAGGAAAGCAUACACUGGGCCUUGGGGUACUACUAACAUCGGUAUUGUCCCUGCUGACGCCGUUGGUAGUCGACCACUUCGAAGCAACGGGUCUGAUAGUCUUGCGUUUCCUGAUGGGGGUCAGCCAGGGAUCGACAGUUCCAGCCAUCAGCGUCCUGAUAGCCCAAUGGGCGCCACCGCAGGAGAGAUCGAAGAUCGUGACAGUGGCAGCGUCAGGAAUGGAGGUCGGAUGUGUCCUGGGAACGGUUCUCUCCGGGUUCAUAAUACGCUACUCUUCGAUGGGUUGGCCGAUGGUGUUCUACGUCUACGGGGGACUAGGAAUCCUCUGGUUCCUAGGGUGGCUCUUGCUGUGUUACAGCAAGCCGGACGUCCAUCCGUUCAUAACGGAAGCGGAGCGGAAGUACCUUCACGAAAUGACGAUCGAGCACACACACAAGAAGACCGGACCAACCCCUUGGCGUCAGAUUCUAACCUCAGCGCCAGUUUGGGCUCUGAUUGCCGGUGAAAUGGGCUUCUCCUGGGGUUUCUACAUGGUACUAACCGACCUCCCAAAGUACAUGAACGAUGUCCUCAAGUUCUCGAUACAGGCGAACGGGCUUCUAACCUCACUUCCAUUCGCCGUUAUCUGGCUCGACGGCAUAGCGUCCUCUUGGCUCGCUGAUUGGCUUAUAGAAGCUGGUAAAAUGUCGCGGACCAACGUCCGGAAGGUUUGCACAGUUAGCGGAUCCCUCGUUCCAGCGAUAUUCGUCGUCGCUGCCUCAUAUGCCGAAUGCGAUCGUGUCAUGGCCGUCGCGUUCUUCACUGUCGGCGUGGGGUUUAUGGGAUCCUUCUAUCCCGGCAUCAUGGUAAACCCCUUAGACCUCAGUCCAAACUACUCUGGAACCCUGACCGCCAUUGUAAACGGAAGUGGAGCUCUAGCCGGGAUCCUGGCACCCUACGCGGUCGGCGUUCUCACACCUAAUCAGACUCUAUUGGAGUGGAGAGUCGUCUUUUGGAUCACCACCGCCAUCUUGGUGGCAACGUCUAGUAUUUAUGGAGUCUGGGCUGACGGCGAAGUUCAGUACUGGAAUGAUGCGGAAUUUGUUUCGAAUCAUCGGAGGAAGGAGUCUUGUAGUAUCGAGAUCGAACAACGCGGAGUUCGUAACGACGAUUUGUCAUCACACAAGCAUGAUCGUUAGUUGUGUUCGGAUUGUUUACUGUAUAAAUUGACAUGUUUAUAAUGAUAGUCACUGCUAUUUCCUAAGAAGUAUGAUUUUUCUACUUCCGACUCUUACUC